CGCCCCGCCCCCCUCAAGCGGAGAAGGUGCGUGCGGAGCGGACGGCGUUCGGCGGCGAAAAGGAGGCGCUCUACCGGCGGGACACGGAGGACGACACCGACGGACAGCUGCCGUCCAACCGGGUCCUUGGAAGCAGAAGGGACUAAUUAGCAUCUUGGGAAAUGAGGACGUCUCUUCCUGAGUGUUCUGUGCGGCGUUUCUAUGAGGCGCCGUAGCGGCACCAACGUGCUCUGGCUUUGUCGAAGCCCCACGUGACCUGGUUUGUCUGGCGGAGAUUCAAUCGGAGGAGACACACCGGGGAGCAGCGGAGUGACGGGCGACCUUGGAUUCCACACGCCGCCGCCCCGACGCGGUAUGAAGACACGGCGGCCAUAUUGCCUGGGACGAGAGCCAGCUGUCUCAGACGCCGCUCCGGAGCGCUAACGGCAUCCUGUCCAGCUGCGAUGGGACACGCGGGAUCCGCGACGACCCUCGAGGGCGUGGCCUCCACGUUUCCAGCGCCGCCGCCGCCGUCGCCGACGCCCCGGCCCGAGUGAACGCGGCGAGAUGCCUUCCAAGGUCUCCUGCCUGUACCUGCUGACCGUGGUGUGCUGGGCCAGCGCUCUGUGGUACCUGAGCGUGUCCCGCCCCUCCAACUCCUACGCGGGCCAGCCCACCAUCCCCGUACGCCGGGCGCACAAGGCCGGCAAGAACGGCACCUUCAGCAACGUCCGCGCGCGCACACUCAACCCGCACGACUUCGGCUACCUGGUCAACGAGGCCAAGAAGUGCGAGGCGGAGGCGCCCUUCCUCGUCAUCCUGAUCAGCACCACCCACAAGGAGUUCGACGCCCGGCAGGCCAUCCGCGAGACCUGGGGCGACGAGAGCACCCUGGCGGACGUGCGGGUGGUCACGCUCUUCCUGCUGGGCCGCAGCACCGACGCCGUCCUCAACCAGAUGGUGGAGCAGGAGAGCCAGAUCUUCCACGACGUGGUGGUGGAGGACUUUGUGGACUCGUACCACAACCUGACGCUCAAGACGCUGAUGGGCAUGCGCUGGGUGGCCACGUUCUGCCCCAAGGCCCAGUACGUCCUCAAGACGGACAGCGACAUCUUCGUCAACAUGGAGAACCUCAUCUUCAACCUGUUGAAGCCCGCCACCAAGCCCAGGAGGCGGUACUUCACGGGCUACGUCAUCAACGGCGGGCCGAUCAGGGACAUGCGAAGCAAGUGGUACAUGCCGAGGGAUCUGUACCCCGAGAGCAAGUACCCGCCCUUCUGCUCCGGCACCGGCUACGUCUUCUCGGCCGACGUGGCCGAGCUGGUGUACCAGACGUCGCUGCACACGCGGCUGCUGCACCUGGAGGACGUGUACGUGGGCGUGUGCCUCCGCAAGCUGGGCAUCCACCCGUUCCAGAACAGCGGCUUCAACCACUGGAAGAUGGCCUACAGCCUGUGCCGCUACCGCCGCGUGGUCACCGUCCACCAGAUCUCGCCGGAGGAGAUGCACCGCAUCUGGAACGACAUGACCAGCAAGAAGCACCUGAAGUGUUAGCGGCGGGAACAGAGAUCGGUCUACGCCCGGUGGCUCUGCGUGGACUCUUCUACGUCCUUUGUCAGGCCGACGUGUCCCAGAGUUUAGACUCGUGAAAGGAAAGAAUCAGACCCCCCCCCC